AUGAGAGAAAUCGUGCACAUCCAGGGCGGGCAGUGCGGCAACCAGAUCGGUGCCAAGUUCUGGGAGGUCAUCUCCGACGAGCACGGCAUCGACCCCACCGGCACCUACCACGGGGACUCUGAUCUCCAGCUCGAGAGGAUUAACGUCUACUACAACGAGGCCACUGGCGGCCGCUACGUCCCCAGGGCCAUCCUCAUGGACCUCGAGCCCGGCACCAUGGACUCUGUCCGUGCCGGACCCUUCGGACAGCUGUUCCGCCCCGACAACUUCGUGUUCGGGCAGACCGGCGCCGGCAACAACUGGGCCAAGGGCCACUACACCGAGGGUGCUGAGCUUAUCGACUCUGUCCUGGACGUCGUCCGGAAGGAGGCCGAGGGCUGCGACUGCCUGCAGGGCUUCCAGAUCACCCACUCUCUUGGUGGUGGCACCGGCUCCGGCAUGGGCACCCUGCUGAUCUCCAAGGUCCGUGAGGAGUACCCCGACCGUAUCAUGGAAACCUUCUCGGUCGUGCCUUCCCCCAAGGUGUCCGACACCGUCGUCGAGCCCUACAACGCCACCCUGUCGGUCCACCAGCUGGUCGAGAACGCCGACGAGUGCAUGGUCAUCGACAACGAGGCCCUGUACGAUAUCUGCUUCAGGACCCUGAAGCUGACCACCCCCACCUACGGUGACCUGAACCACCUGGUGUCUGCGGCGAUGUCGGGCGUGACCUGCUGCCUGCGGUUCCCGGGUCAGCUGAACUCGGACCUGAGGAAGCUGGCGGUCAACCUGAUCCCCUUCCCCCGUCUGCACUUCUUCAUGAUCGGGUUCGCGCCGCUGACCUCUCGAGGCUCGCAGCAGUACCGGGCGCUGACCGUGCCCGAGCUGACCCAGCAGAUGUUCGACGCCAAGAACAUGAUGUGCGCGGCUGACCCCCGGCACGGCCGGUACCUGACCGCGUCCGCCCUGUUCCGAGGCCGGAUGUCCACCAAGGAGGUGGACGAGCAGAUGCUCAACGUGCAGAACAAGAACUCCUCGUACUUCGUGGAGUGGAUCCCGAACAACAUCAAGUCGUCGAUCUGCGAUAUCCCGCCGAAGGGGCUGAAGAUGGCCGUGACCUUCGUGGGCAACUCGACCGCCAUCCAGGAGAUGUUCAAGCGGGUGGCCGAACAGUUCACCGCCAUGUUCCGGCGGAAGGCCUUCCUGCACUGGUACACCGGUGAGGGCAUGGACGAGAUGGAGUUCACGGAGGCGGAGUCGAACAUGAACGAUCUGGUGUCGGAGUACCAGCAGUACCAGGACGCCACCGCCGAGGAGGAGGGCGAGUACGACGAGGAGGAGGAGGGCUGA